GGAAUGGGCUACACGAACCAGGUACUCGCCUAGAUCUUAGCACAGUGGGAGGGAUUUCGAUCGAGCAAGAACGAUGUCAGUCUCGGCGGGAGUGACAGACGUCGCCAUAGCCGUGAGGGAAAAGCUGCGAGGGAAGAUCGGCCAGACCAAGGUCCAGCGCUACUGGCCGGGCAAGAAGCCAGAAUGGGCGGCCGAGGAGGAGGAGGAGGAAGAAGAGGAGGAGAAUUUCGAGAAGAAGAAGAAGAAGCCGGAGCCAGAGAAAUCGAAAGCUCCGGUGGACGAGAAGGAGGUUGCUGCCGCUAGACCCGCUGCGAGGGCGGAGGAUGAUCCUCGGCUCCGGCGGCUGGCCGAGAGCCGGAGGAACCGCGAUGAGGCGGUGGCGAGGCACAGAGAGAUCCGGCAGGCGGAGAUCGUGUCCACCCGCCAGGAAGAGAAGUCGGGCGCUAGAGAUGCUGGAGCGGAGGAGGUGGAGGACGAGGAGGCGGUGGAGGAGCGGCGGAAGAAGAACAGGGAAAGGAUUCUACAGAAGCAAAAGGAGGAGGAGGAGGCCGCCGCUGCCGCCACGGAGGAGGAUGAAGAGGAUGGCGAAGAGGAAGAAGACGAGGAAGACGAGGAGGAGGAAGAGACCGACUCGGAGGACGAGCUGGGAGGGAUGCCGAUGAUGAAGCCAACUUUCGUGAGGAAGUCCGACCGGGAGACUAUCGCGGAACGCGAGCGGCUCGAGGCGGAGGAGAUUGCGAUGAUGGAGGAUUGGAAGAAGAAGCUGGAGCUGCGGAAGAUCGAGUCCAAGCACCUCCUGGUGGAAGAGAUCCGGAAGGAGGAAGAGCGCGAGAAGAACAAGGUGACGGACACGAAUGGUGACGAAGUUAACACCGACGACGAGACCAACGGGCAAGAAGAGUACGAGGCCUGGAAGGCGAGAGAGAUCGCGCGGAUAAAGCGAGAGAGGGACGAGAAGGAGAACGCCAACAAGGAGAAGGAGGAGAUCGAGAGGCUGAGGAAGAUGAGCGAGGAAGAACGCAAGGAGUACGAUCGGAAGAACCCGAAGGAGGCCCCGGCUCCGAAGAAGAAGUGGAAGUACAUGCAAAAGUACUAUCACAAGGGAGUGUUCUUCAUGUCCGACGACAAGGAUCCGGCUGUCCCUGGAGGGAACGACAUUUACAAGCGGGACUACUCGGAGCCGACUGGAGAGGACAAGCUCAACAAGAGCAUACUCCCGAAAGUGAUGCAAGUCAAGAACUUUGGCCGCAGUGGGCGAGUGAAGUGGACGGAUCUCGUGAACGAGGACACGACGCGAUGGGACACGCCGUGGAGCUCCAAUGACAAGUUUCGUGCGCAGUACAACAACAAGAUGGCCGGGAUGAACAAGCCGAUCGAGAAGCCUCGGGGCACCAAGAAGAUGAAGAGGAGCAUCGAGGAGAUGUACAAAGUUUGACGAGCAAUCGUUUCAAGGGCCGAGCGAGCGAGCGAAAGAGCAAUCGAACGAGCUCUCACAGGUUUGAGAUGAUGGAGCUAUCAGGAUCCGAGUUGAUGGUUUCCAAGAUCUCUCAUACACCAAAAGGAAGCCACCGACGUUUCGGCCUUGACAACUUAGAGUGGAGUGAAGAGCCUGUGUGUUUUUCAUCGUCAUCAGUAGAACGUAAGAGUUCCUCCUCUCCAUCCUUUGUCUCGGGGCAUGGAGCUUGAGAGUUCUCGCUUUGAUCCCCCUCUGUAUCAGGCAUAAAACUUCGAUCCACCGAGAGGCUUUCGACAGCU